AUGUCUUCAGACGAACAGCUCAACCCUCUUGUUGAAUCCGGGAUAACGAUGCCCUCCGACUCAGAGCAAUAUUCUCGCAAUGAAGAUGAAACUUCUCCUUCACCACCUUCAUCAGACUCUCCACAGAUGAUUCUUUACUCUCCUCCUACAAUUUGGGGAUUACUUCGAGGUGCUGCGAUCAAUCUUGUCUUGCCAUUUGUGAAUGGACUUAUGCUGGGAUUUGGAGAGCUAUUCGCCCAUGAGGCUGCAUUCAGGUUGGGAUGGAGUAACACAAAGGUCUUCCCUCUCACACGAAGAUCUGUAGGACCAGGGAUUGAAGUCAGAGAUAGUCCAAUUGAACGCAAGAGCAGAGAAGGCAACUUAGACGACCUGACAAGCUUGGAAUGA